GCGUGCUUAUGCAGCCGCCAUAUUCUGUGACAGUAUUUUGAUUCGUAUCUGCUGGAAGUGAGGAAAAAGAGAAAAGUGAAGGGCCGUCGAGGGGAGGGGGGGCUGAAAAAGAGGAGCUGUCAAAAAGGUAUUCCCGAGUCUCUGUCAAGCGGCGGAGGGCUGAGGCGCCGUGUCCCUCCCCUGGCGCUAUUUCGAGGACACUCAAGGCCCGGGGCCUCGGUGCAGUUGGCUCUUCGUCUGCCUGGUAGUAGCUGGAGCCCUCCCGGCUACUCCUCUCCCAGCUCCGCGGCCCUCUGGAGGUCCGGCGGCGGUCUCGGGUGUUGAAGGCGGCCCGGGGAGCGGCGGCGGCGGAAGAAGCAAAAAAAUGUUCAAGAUGAAGGCAACUUGCUGCCACGAUUGACGCCCCAGUGCGCUGAACUGAACAAAAGUCCUGACGCGGUAACAUACGAAUGGCCCAGGGAAGCCACCAGAUUGACAUUCAGGUUUUGCAUGACCUGCGCCAGAAAUUCCCUGAAGUCCCAGAGGGUGUUGUCUCCCAGUGUGUUCUGCAGAACAACAACAACCUAGACGCCUGCUGUGAAUACUUGUCUCAAGUCAGUCCAGGCUACCUAUACAGUGAAGAAGGAAAUCUCAGCUUUUCUGACGAUCCCAGCUUUACCAGGCUCCGUAAUCACAUGACCCAGCUGAACCUGGGACUGCAGUCUCAGAAUGUGCAUGUGGCCCCGGUUCGGGACGGCCUGAGAAUGAACGGCAGUCGGACUCUGGCUCACAGCCCGAGUGACGGGCCCCUCCAGACAGGCCAGGCCCCAAAUAGUGACUUCUUUCAGCAGGAGUCCCAGUCAGCCUCAGUGCAGGUGCCAUCCAGCCUCCAUGUAUUUGGUGGGAUGGAACCCACUCGCAAACAGCAGCCUCCACAGCACCUUGGACUGUACCCUCUGGGUGUCAAAGGAACAACUAUGGGUGCCCAACAGACACCACGCUACAACCCAUUUACAGUGACGCUAGCCCCCAAUAUCCAGACAGGCCGUAACACCCCCACUUCCUUGCACAUACAUGGCGGGCCACAGUCGGGCCUCAGCAGUCCACAGGGUAAUUCUAUCUAUAUCAGGCCCUAUGUUAGCCAGACCGGUACAACUCGGCAGAACCAGCAGAUAGGGGGCAGGGCCCAGUACAGCCCCACUUCCCAGCCCCAGCAGCAGAUCUACCAGAUCUCACACCCCUCCUCACUGUCUGGCUCCUGGUCCGGCCCUCAGCUCGCCUCCUCUUCACAUACCUCACAGCACCAGGGCCACCAGACCUCUCAUGUCUACAUGCCCAUCAGCUCCCCCACAAAUCCCCAGGCCCCCUCCAUUCUUCCCACUGGAAGCCAGGCCUCUUCCUCUGGUGUCUCCUCAUGCUCAUCUUCCUCCUCCUCCUCUGUCAUGCCCACUUCUUCUACCAUCAGCCAGUACAACAUCCAGAACAUCUCCACUGGCCCAAGGAAGAAUCAGAUAGAGAUCAAACUUGAAUCUCCUCAGAGGAGCAACUCCACAACCACAACAGCAGUGCUGAGGACAAGCAGUGGGCCCCGUUCAUCCUCCACCUCCUCCUCCUGUCCCUCCUCUUCGUCCUCCUCGACGGGGGUGGCUACUGUCCCUACCACCCCUCUGUCAAUCGGAUGCCCAGGUCUGAGCCGCAGCCAGCCAACUGUUUACAUCUCUGCCAGCCCACCUACUGCUGGUACUACUCCCUCUGAGGAGGCUGUCGUGGCCUCAGGCGGCUCCCGCUCCCAACCCAAGUUUUACAUUUCUGCCAAUGCCUCCAGCGACUACGGUGGGGGAAGGAAUCCUCCCACAGUCUACAUCUCAGCCAACCCUCCUUUGCAGGGGCCAUCAGGGCCUAGGAACAUGGGAGGCCAAGUAAGCAUGGGCCCCGCUUACAUCCACCACCAUCCACCUAAGUCUCGUGCCUCUGUGGGAGGAGGAGGCACAGCUUCCCCUCGUGUGGUGGUGACUCAGCCCAACACCAAAUACACUUUUAAAAUCACAGUGUCCCCCAACAAGCCACCAGCUGUGUCCCCUGGGGUAGUGUCUCCUACUUUUGAGCCCAACAACCUCCUCAGCCUACCCUCAGACCACCUCUUUGUGGAGCCAGACCCCCUCAAUCUUUCAGACCCACUGUCAGCACACGGGGACAGGCCGAGUGAGCCUCGCAGACUCAGCAUGAGUUCAGAGGAUGCGGCAUACACACAAGCGUUGUUGGUCCACCAGAAGGCGCGCAUGGAGAGGCUGUGGCACGAGUUGGAGAUGAAAAAGAAGAAGCUGGAGAAGCUAAAAGAGGAGGUGAACGAGAUGGAGAACGACCUGACCAGGAGACGGCUGGAAAGAUCCAACUCAGCCAACCAAAUUCCUUCUAUCGAGGAAAUGAAGCAGUUGCGAUGCAAAAACAGGUUACUGCAGAUCGACAUCGACUGCCUCACCAAAGAAAUUGAUCUCCUUCAAACAAGAGGACCACACUUUAAUCCCAGUGCAAUCCAUAACUUCUAUGACAACAUUGGAUUCCUUGGUCCUGUCCAACCCAAACCCAAAGGUACUUUAUCAAUUGACUCGGGCAGUAAGAUCGUGAAGCCCGUAGCAGACCAGGAGGAGGACGAGGGGACGCAGUGGAGCUGCACAGCCUGCACCUUCCUCAACCACCCCGCCCUCAACCGCUGUGAACAGUGCGAGUUCCCGCGGCACUUCUGAGCCAACCAGGUUGCACCGCGCCGCCAUCUCCUCUGCCCACCUGUAUCUCACCAGACAAGAAUAGAAAAGGGGCCCCCUCCUUCUAUUUCUUUUUUCCCUACGUGUAUGAAUACUGGGACAGGGCGUGGUCUUUGUGCAUUGUGCGGCCUCCUUAUUAUUAUUUUCCUCCUAUUUUCUGUUUCCUCUAUAAGGUUUUUUGUUUAAUGCUGUCCACUGAAGGCUUGACUGGAUAGUGUUUACAACUUGUUUUUUUCCUAAAGGAUGAUACCUCACCUCAGAGACUCGGAGUGCGUGGGGUCACUUCCCCCUUUGUUUCUGCUCCAUGGGUGACACUAGCGCCCGGGGCUACCUCGCUGCUCCCAAUUACAGUAUUACGAGCGUGGCCCUGCAGUGUGAUGGCACACACACACACACACACACACACACACACACACACACACACACACACACACACACACACACACACACACACACACACACACACACACACAACACCAAAACACACACACACACAAACACCCCAAAACACACACACACACGCACACACACAACACACAGGUGCCAAUGUGCCUUUUGCUGAAUGAAUACAUUAGUUUUUCCUUUGUGGUGGCAUGACUGGGGGAUCGGGAACUUUUCAGCCACCGCUCUCCUUCUGAAGGGCAAACUAACAGACUACUCUUGGACUUUUAAGUUUGUUUGCUGUUUUUCUAGAGGAUGUCAAAGGGGGGACAAAAACAUGCCUCUUUUCCUGCCCCUUCAGCUGUCUCUUCAGUCAUGAGUUAUUGAAAAAAGAAAUUAAGUUGCAUGCUUUGUGUACAGUACACGGAGGCAGAAACUCCCCAUGAGCUUUUUACUGUACAUAAUUUAGAAUGUGCCUUAAAAGCCUUCUUCCUCACACUAUGAAUCACUUGUAUUUCUUGUAAGUAUAGCUUUAUAGACUUUAUUAGUUUUUUUGUCUUGUUUUGUUUCCCUCUUUCAAAUCAAUAAGCACCGUGCUCCCUUUUUAAGCUUUUUACUUGAUAUCUGUGAGAGUUGAAGCCUUGCAGAAGGAGAGGAACAGAGCAGUCAUCAUGAAGCUACGCCUGCCAGGUCCGUUCAUCGCUCGUGAAAAUGCUGAGUUCCCUGUGUACGAUCUGCAGAUGCAGCAAAGUGGAAGGCCAUGGAGGAGUCUUUAAUUUUUUUAACUUUAUUUUCUUCAGGACGCCAAAUAUGUUCAGGACUGUCGGGGAGGGAAUAGGACAAAAAGCAAAUUACAAACUGCCAUUUUAUCUGACAACUGGAAUGUAGGUUUAAUGUUUGGGGACGAAGACACCUCAGUGCAAAGAGACUUUCAUUUUCAAGAAGAAUCAUGGUUUCACUGCAGAGUAAUGUCAUAGUGCUCCUGGAACAGCUGAUUGGAUGAAAAGUGUCCAUGUUGCUGUGCACCUGAAUUUGGUUUCUGUGAGGUCCACUGAUCAGUGAAUGUGUUUCUGUUUAAGUUGUUCCUAUAAAACAGAAAUAUACAUAUAAGUCCAACAUGUCGCCGUCGUUACAGCAUCUCUGAAGCAGACAAGACAAAAAACAAGACCUCAUGUUUUUACCACAAUAUAAGCACUACGUUACUGUCCACUUAGUAUACUCUUCCUUUUAUUUGGCUCCAUUCAAUCCUCCAAAGUGUGUAUUGUCAAAGGGGGGGUCCUAAAGUUUCCUUAUUAUCAUUAACUUACCUUAACUGUGGAGUAGUUACUUUUUUCCACCUUUGUGAAAUGCCUUGCAUUAGUGCCUUUAUUAAAUUUGUAUUGAUAAUCUAUUUUGUCACAUCCAAGUGCCAUUUUUAAAACCAAAACCUUACUAUUGUAUAAACCCAUUUAAGAAUAGAAGAUGAAUUAUUGUCUCUUAAGCACUUACAUCAAACCUUUUCCUUUUUCCAAACCAAAGAAACCAGUUUUCAGCUUUGUCUGCACCUUGGUGUGUAGAGGCAGUUUAUUCAUGUUUUAUUAAAUGGAAAAAAUCCUUUGGAUAUCUAAAGUGUUUUUUUGUUGUUUUUUUAACAUUUUAGCUGGGAAAACUUUCUUUGUAACGGAUAAGUUAUUUGUAAAAAUGAUUAAAAAAAAUCUAUUCUGAA